AUGAGAACCGGAUUUUUUGUUUCCUGCCGCUUGAACAAGGAGCCCAGAGGACUAAAAGAGGUGAUCAGCAGGCUUCAGAGGCUUGUGGAGCCCUUGGGAGCAGCCAUAGAAGAAAAAAGCAUCAAGCAGAUUCUUGAGGAAGAAAUAGAGGAGUACAAGAGCUCGACCAGAUUUGUCAGACAUGACGGCCACAGAUGCAUCCUAUUUCUGGAAAACAGAAGCAACGAGCCGUCGCUAUCCCUGUUUUACAAGCUCCGAGCAUCGGGAGCAAGGUUUGAGUAUGUGCACAGAAUAGUUCCGUUGGAGAGAUUUUUCCGGUUUGACGAGGAGAAGAUUCUGGAGAGCAUCAGGGGGCUCGAUGGAACCAAGAGCUACAAGAUAGUGUAUGAAGAGAGAAUGUGCUCUCCAGGUAUCAAGGAUAAGGUUUUCAACCUCAUAACUGCAAGUCUUUCUCUAAGGGUUGACCUCAAGGCACCGCACUACAUGAUUGCAGUCCAGGGAUUUAAAAACAACCUGGGGAUCUCUGUUGUCGAAGGCGAAAAGGAGAACUUUAACUUUUCUGCUAUAUGA